AUGCAGCAUAUUCCGAAUACAAUUGAGGAACAGUUGAUUUGGAAAGCUGUCCAUGAAGAAUGUCCGUGGGAGAAUCUACCAAAAAGACUUCAAGCUACUCUUACUUCUAAAGAAGAGUGGUGCAGAAGGAUCAUUGAACAUUGCAUUAAGAAAAGACUCCAGUGGAAUAAGUGUUUUGCUCGCAAAGUAAGCAAAGAAGGUGAUUAUUAUGAAGAGAUGAUGCGUUACUUACGAAAAAAUCUAGAGUUAUUUCCCUAUCACCUUGCAGAGUAUGUUUGUCGUGUGAUGAGGUUAUCGCCUUUCAGAUAUUACUGUGAUAUGAUCUUUGAGGUUAUGAGAAAUGAACAACCAUAUGACAGCAUACCAAACUUCAGUGCUGCUGAUGCUUUACGACUUACAGGAAUAGGGAGAAAUGAAUUUAUUGAUAUCAUGAACAAGUGCAAAUCUAAGGUACUCAAUGACACAAUCCGUUUGCUUAAAGAAUAUGAGUAA